GACGUGACGCUGGGCGGGGCUCCGAGUAGUGGGCGGAGUCUAGACUGGGAAAUGGAGGCGGGGCCUGUGAGAUCCCGGCCUCAGGGUGGACGCAGUGGUUCUGCACUGAGGCCUUCGUCAUGGUGGCGCCCGUGUGGUACUUGGUAGCGGCGGCUCUGCUAGUCGGCUUUAUCCUCUUCCUGACUCGCAGCCGGGGCCGGGCGGCAUCAGCCGGCCAAGAGCCACUGCACAACGAGGAGCUGGCAGGAGCAGGCCGGGUCGCCCAGCCUGGGCCCCUGGAGCCUGAGGAGCCGAGAGCUGGAGGCAGGCCUCGGCGCCGGAGGGACCUGGGCAGCCGCCUACAGGCCCAGCGUCGAGCCCAGCGGGUGACCUGGGCAGAAGCAGAUGAGAAUGAGGAGGAAGCUGUCAUCCUAGCCCAGGAGGAGGAAGGUGUCGAGAAGCCAGCGGAAACUCACCUGUCAGGGAAAAUCGGAGCUAAGAAACUGCGGAAGCUGGAGGAGAAACAAGCGCGAAAGGCCCAGCGUGAGGCGGAGGAGGCUGAACGUGAGGAGCGGAGACGACUCGAGUCCCAGCGCGAAGCUGAGUGGAAGAAGGAGGAGGAGCGGCUUCGUCUGGAGGAGGAGCAGAAGGAGGAGGAGGAGAGGAAGGCCCGCGAGGAGCAGGCCCAGCGGGAGCAUGAGGAGUACCUGAAACUGAAGGAGGCCUUUGUGGUGGAGGAGGAAGGCGUGGGAGAGACCAUGACUGAGGAACAGUCCCAGAGCUUCCUGACAGAGUUCAUCAACUACAUCAAGCAGUCCAAGGUUGUGCUCUUGGAAGACCUGGCUUCCCAGGUGGGCCUACGCACUCAGGACACCAUAAAUCGCAUCCAGGACCUGCUGGCUGAGGGGACUAUAACAGGUGUGAUUGACGACCGGGGCAAGUUCAUCUACAUAACCCCAGAGGAACUGGCCGCCGUGGCCAACUUCAUCCGACAGCGGGGCCGGGUGUCCAUCGCCGAGCUUGCCCAAGCCAGCAACUCCCUCAUCGCCUGGGGCCGGGAGCCCCCUGCCCAAGCCCCAGCCUGACCCCAGUCCUUCCCUCUUGGACUCAGAGUUGGUGUGGCCUACCUGGCUAUACAUCUUCAUCCCUCCCCACCAUCCUGGGGAAGUGACGGAGUGUGGCCAGGCAGUUAUAGAUUAAAGGCCUGUGAGUACUGCUGAGCUUGAUGUGGCUUGGUGUGGCAGAAGGCUUGGCCUAGGAUCCUAGAUGAGCAGGUGAAAUUUAGGCUUCAGAAUGUAUCUCAGAGGUGGGGAGGGUCCCUUGGAAGCUGGUGAAGUCCUGUUCUUAUUAUGAAUCCAUUCAUUCAAGAAAAUAGCCUGUUGCACAUUUA